GCAAAAACUCCAGCCCGGCCCGCGGACUCGCCUCCUUCCCCGCAGCCACCGCGCGAACGGGAGGUACCGGGGGCAGGACUACAGCUCCCAGCGGCCUCGGGAACCGGGAACGGCUCCGGGCCGGCCCCGCCAUGGCGUGGAGAGCGGCCCGGCUGCUGCGGCGGGGGAGCCCGGCGGGCCGGCGGGGGAUCGCCGCCUGCAUCGACCCAUCCGUUGGCCUGACUGAGGAGCAGAAGGAAUUCCAGAAAGUUGCCCUUGAUUUUGCUGCCAAAGAGAUGGCUCCUCACAUGGCAGAGUGGGACGAAAAGGAAAUAUUCCCCAUGGAAACAAUGCGGAAGGCAGCCCAGCUGGGAUUCGGUGGGAUCUAUGUGAAACCAGACGUCGGUGGCUCUGGAUUGUCACGACUUGAUACCUCCAUAAUCUUUGAAGCUUUAUCGACAGGAUGCACCAGCACCACUGCUUAUAUGAGCAUCCACAACAUGUGUGUUUGGAUGAUCGACACCUUUGGCAAUGAGGAACAGAGGCGCAGGUUUUGCCCAUCGCUCUGUAGCAUGGAAAAAUUUGCUUCUUACUGCCUGACUGAGCCAGGAAGUGGAAGUGAUGCAGCUUCCCUGCUCACCUCAGCUCAGCGGACAGGGGACACCUACGUCCUGAACGGCUCCAAGGCCUUCAUCAGUGGCGGAGGUGACACCGAUGUGUACGUGGUCAUGUGUCGCACAGGAGGUCCUGGCCCCAAGGGCAUCUCCUGCCUGGUGCUGGAGAAGGGGACACCGGGGCUCAGCUUUGGCAAGAAAGAGAGGAAGGUAGGCUGGAAUUCCCAGCCAACUCGGGCUGUGAUCUUCGAGGACUGCACCGUCCCUGUUGGCAACCGGCUGGGAGCUGAAGGGCAGGGCUUCAGCAUUGCCAUGAAGGGACUGAAUGGAGGCAGGAUAAACAUUGCUUCUUGUUCAUUAGGAGCUGCUCAUGCCUGCGUUCUUCUGGCUCAGGAACAUCUCACUGUCCGCAAACAGUUUGGGGAACCCCUGGCAAACAACCAGUACCUGCAGUUUGGGCUGGCGGAGAUGGCGACGCGCCUGGUGGCAGCGCGGCUCAUGGUUCGCAACGCGGCGCGGGCGCUGCAGGAGGGACGGGAGGACGCGGCCGUGCUGUGCUCCAUGGCCAAGCUCUUUGCCACCGAUGAGUGCUUUGCGAUCUGUAACCAGGCUCUGCAGAUGCACGGGGGCUACGGCUACCUGAAGGACUAUGCCGUGCAGCAGUUUGUGCGAGAUGUCAGAGUCCACCAGAUCCUGGAAGGUACCAAUGAGGUGAUGAGGAUGAUUGUGGCCAGGAACCUGCUCCAGGGCUGAAUCCGGGAGUUAAUCUCCAGCCUUAAAAUCCCUUCGUCUGUUACAGCUCGAUCUGUUUCCCUCCCCUGUUCACCAGCUCUCUCCCCAGGAGCGGAGAGGGGGACACCCCGGUGUAAAACAAUCUUUCUGCCUUGGGAUGGCAGCUGGAUGUCACCCACAUGCUGCCACAGCUGCGCCCUGUGCCUGGCAGAGCUGCCUGUAUUGUGUAGCCUGAAGACAUAAAUCACAGUUGCAAAUAACAAGCCUCUGUCUCCAAAUCUCGAUGGCGGGCUGCUCAGCACCCACCCUUCCCUGAAACACCAGCGCUGUUGGUCAUCCCUGCUGAGUCAGGACGGACAUGGGGACUUUAAGCAGCCUCAUCCUGGAGGUCUCAUCCUCUGUCAGUGAAAUCUUUACGUCGAUGGAACUAGUCUCUGUUUGAAACUCAUCCUGGGCUCUACUUGCACCCCUGGGACACACAGCCCCUUGCAGAGCGCAGUGGGUUUUACCCGAGGAGCAGGAUGCCUGGGUUUAUCCAGCAGCUCCCCUCUGUUCCCGCCACACCUUUGCUAAUGUACUGACUGUUGUUCUCCCUGUUCCCACCUGAUCUCAAACCGUACAGAGGUAUAAAUAAAACACUAAGGUCCUGCGCAGAAACAUUUAACCCUGCUGCCUCACAUCACUGCUCCCCGCCCAGUAAAAUGACCAAGCGCACCGGUAAAUUCAGCUAAUUUGGAAUCAAUAAAGCCCCGACGGCGACUUUACCGAGA